UCUCUAUAUUUCAACGCUGGUAUGUUUGUUUAUGAGCCUAAUCUUGACACAUACAAUGAUCUCCUGAAAACACUUCAAGUCACAGAGCCUACUUCCUUUGCUGAGCAGGACUUUCUGAAUAUGUACUUCAAGGCCAAAUACAAGCCCAUACCUAAUGUGUACAACCUUAUGCUGGCCAUGUUGUGGCGUCACCCUGAGAAUGUUGACUUUGAAAAAGUUAAAGUGGUUCACUACUGUACUAAUGGGUCUAAGCCAUGGAGGUUCACUGGGAAGGAGGAGAACAUGGACAGACAAGAUAUCAAGAAAUUGGUGGACAUGUGGUGGGAGGUUUAUGACGAUGAGACAUAUUGA